UGCAAGUUGCAAGUGAAAGGAAGAACGAAGACUAUUUCGGAGCACAAUGUUACAUAUUUUUCGCAGCCAUAUUUGUGUGUUCAUUAUGUGUUAAUUGAUCGUUAUUUAUUUAGCUGUGUUGUUCCGUGUUAAUGGUUCAAUUAAUUUAAACAUAAAAAUAAUAAUUUGUAUAAUUAUCGAAUUAAAUAUUAUAUAUAUUUUUUAAAUGUGUAGUUAAUUAAGAAGAUAGAGUAAGAAUAUAAUUAUAGGAAACAUAUUCACAUACGUUUGAUUACAACCAGUAGGUCUACGAGUGGGUUUCAGUUGGUCUGAAACACUUUGAUCAGGCAUGUCGGAAAGCGAGGUUGUCGCAUCACAACAAAAGCAGCAGUCACAGCAGCAGCAGCAGCACUUUAAUCAGCAGUUUAAUCCCAACCCGAUGGCUAACAUGGUUUGGCAAUAUCCACAACCAGCAAACAUGCACCAAUAUCAAGGUUUUCCCAAUCAGAUGUAUCCGCAAGGUUACAACCCUCAAGGACAAAUGUAUUACUAUCCUCCAGGAAUGAUGACAGCAUACGGAUCAGCUUUUAAUGGUCAACAGAUUCCCCCUCAACAGCAGCAGCAGCAGCAGCAGCAGCAGCAGCCUCAACAGCAGCAGAGCGUUCAGAACAACCAGAGCAACAAGUCUCAAGUACAGCAACAGCAGCAAUCGCAGCAGCCUAUCCAGCCAAUGGUUCUAGAUGAUGAUGCAGAUCUUCCUCCUUUGCCUCCAGGACCGCCACCUCCUACUCAACCACCACCUCAGCAUAAUAAUCAACCUCAGACUCCAUUACAGAAUCAGCAACAGAUGUUUAUGUAUUACCAAGCAAAUUACGGAGGAUGGACUGAUCAAAAUGACAUGUCACAAUUCAAUAAUGGACAACAGCCGAUAAGAUUCAACUCGCCAAACAAGAAAGCUGGCCUAGGUUCAGUACCAUCUGGUAACAGUGGAGCAGCCAAGAAGAAGAGACGAAAGAACAAAUACGUAACAGCUUCUCAGAUGAACAACAACUCAUUUCAGGGAAAUAACGUAGUUACGACUUUUACUCCGGGAACAGAUAUAAAACCCGACAGUUUACCUCCGUUGCCUCCCAGCGAAGUUAUCGCGCUACUUCCAAAAUCAGCCCCACCAGCGAUAAAAGCCCCCGAUGUUCCGGUAGUUCCAGCUCCAAUUGUCUCUCCGUCUUCACCGACGAACGUACAACUUUCUCAAAUGAAUUCGAAAAAAUCCACGGUAGGUAGCAUCAAACCCUCUAUCAACAGCAACACUACUACCAAAGCAGCUCCGGUAACGGCGUCAAAUCCCAGUCCUGGGGGUGAUUGGCCCGAUAGUUUAAAGAAUUAUGUUAAUCGCUGUUAUGAAAAAUGUAAAACGGCUGUAGACAAGGAUCAGGUUGAGAUCAUUUUAAAGGGUAAAAUAACACGCGCGGCUAAUGACGGUUCGCUUUGGAUUAAGGAUUGGGACAUAGAACCACUACCAAGUAUCCACAGCGAGCGUAUGACAAUGACGAUUAAGGCUAAAAGCCCAAUUGUUAAAGCAUCCAAUAACUCAUUGACUAUUACAAUGAGUAAUAAUUUACGUAGGCCAGGCGGUCUCUCGACGUCACUUGGUGCACGUCUAGGGGCGCGUCUAUCAUCAUCAGGGCAUCGAAGAUCCAAGUCACGCACGCGAUCAAAAUCUAAAUCAAGGUCGCGUUCGCGUAGUAUUAGCCCACCGUCACGUAAAUACCGACGUAGCAGUUCGUCAUCCUCGAGUACCAGUGAUCGUGGUGGUAGUCAUGAUUACAAAUCGUCGUCUUCUUCAAAAUUCUCUAAAAAAAAUAAUAAUCGCAACAAGGAUAAUCAUAGCGUGAAAAAAUCCAAGAAGAAUAAACAACCUAAGUCACAUUUCUAUUCUGAAUUUGGUUUAGCUACAGGCAAUGCUGAGGAAUUAGGAUCGAAGGAAAAACUACAGCAACGGGCAGCUCGUUUUCAUGAUUCUGUUAGCAGGACCGUUGUUGUUAAAGAUGAUACAGCAGACUUUGAUUUCACAGGAUUACAUAUCAUUGGUACAUGCAAAGAUCUUGAGAAACCUUAUCUGCGUCUUACCUCUGCUCCAGCUCCAUCGGCAGUACGACCGGUAAGUGUUCUUCAGUCUUCUCUGGCUCAUGUGAAAAAACGCUGGGUGUCUGAGCAAGACUACAGAUACGCCUGUGACCAACUCAAGUCCAUACGUCAAGAUUUGACUGUACAAGGAAUCAGAGACUCCUUUACGGUUCACGUUUAUGAGACUCACGCCCGCGUUGCACUUGAGCGAGGAGAUCAUGAAGAGUUUAAUCAAUGUCAGACGCAGUUAAGAAUGCUGUACCAAGAUGUUGGUGGUGAUAAUCGUUGCGAAUUUGUAGCUUAUCGUAUUCUCUACUACAUAUUUACUAAAAAUACGCAGGACUUGACUACGAUAUUGGCUGCACUGACAAAAGAAGAUAAGAAAGAUGAGUGUAUUAAACACGCACUUAAAGUACGUUCUGCAUGGUGGCUGGGUAAUUUUCAUGUUUUCUUCAAACUAUAUAAAACUGCUCCGCGUAUGGCGGCAUUCCUUAUGGAUUGGUUCAUUGCUCGUGAGCGUAAAAACGCUCUGAAGACCAUGAUUAAGUCCUAUCGGCAAAAUUUGGCUGUUGAUUUCAUCAUUACGGAAUUGGCGUUUCAAUCUUUGGACAAGUUUUAUGAAUUUGUCAGUGAUUUUGGUCUUAAUUAUGCCGAUUCCGAGCGACAGCUUCUUGAUUGCAAGGCGAGCAGUAGUAGUUUAGGUGGUUGGUAAAAAAAUGAACCAACAAAAUUCGUUAUCCCUCUUGUUAAAACAAAACAAAAUUAUUUAAAAAAAAAAAAAAAAAAAAAAAAAAACCACUUGCUCGUAAUAGGAGAAAACCUCGUGCUUUAUCGCGGCAUGUACAUAUGUACAUUUGAUUAAUUGUGUAUAAAUUUUAAUGAAUGUUAUAUAUAUAUAUUAUAUAUAAGUAACAAAAACUAUAUAUAAUGUAUAUAUUUAUAUAAAUGUAUGUAUAUAAUUUUUUUUUAUACAUAUAAUGAGGCCUUUAGUGGCCAAGCAUUUCGAUCAAAUUUUCAUCUUGACAUGAGCUUAAGCCCUCGGGACUGUUUUCCGGGGAUAUUUGGCUCAACUUUUAUCAAUAUACUCAUACACAAGACGUUACGUGAUACGUAAAAGAUCUUUGAGUGCGUUGAAUAAAAUUUUUUAUGAAUGAAAAAUAUCAAGAUGCUUCAAGAAGAGUCUAAUGCAGUAUGAAUGACGGAUAAAACCUUUAAAAGUUUUUUUUUCCAAACUACUGCUUCAUUUCGAUUGUAAUUAUUUACGUAAAUUUAUGUACAUAUGCAUAAAUAGAUAUUUAUAAUAAUUGUGAAUAAUAUUAUUGCGGACACGACCGACAAGACGACGCUAUUCACCAUGUUAAUUUCAAGAUUAAACAUCAAUAUCAAAUCAUAUAUACAUAUAUCUGUCUAUAUAUAUAUAUUUCUAAUAGUAUUUACACCAGCAUUCUUCGAAGAAUUGAGCUACGAUCAAUUUUCCUAGUGUCCUCAGUAUUCUGGAAGUUUUCCUGACGUUAAUUUGAAGCCAAUUGAGAGGAUCUGGCAACCACGGAAGAGCAGUGAAGGACAUCGACGGCUUGGAAUCGGAAUCGGAAGUGAACUUAUCAAUUGACAAUUUGUCUGUACAUCUUUAGUUAUUGAAUUGAGAGCAAAGGGCGAGGGAUACAGAUUUCUAUCAACAGCAGCAGCAGAGGCAGUAGGGGAACAGCGAAGAAGAGGACUCAGUGCUUUUUUUUUUUUAGUGAUGAAAUUACUUUGUAUAUUAAAAAUCGGUUAAUGGUUUAUCGUUACGUGAGAUUAGAAACAUAUUUAAUGAAAUAGAAACUGCAAUUUUUUUUAAUUUUUUUUUUUCCAUAACAAAUGAACUAUUUCAAGCAGUACCACUAACACAUACACACAUACACUUCAGUAAUUAAUUUGAUCUCACUUGUAUCGAUUUACAUUUGUAGGAUCUAACGUGUGCAUAAUAAAUUAUUUUUUUUUUAAUUA